AAAUUCAGUGAACGUGACAGUUCGAUUCAGAGCUCUUAUUUUAUUUGACAUUAAAAAAUAAGCAAGUAAUAAAUUUUUCAAGUCAAAAGUAUAGCUACAUAAAACACUUGGAUCAAAAUUGUUCAGCAAAGGGAGCUGCCCAAAAGUAGCACAAAAAAUGACACGCGGCAACCAACGAGACCUGGCGCGCGCCAAGAACGCGAAGAAGCAGGCUGAGCAGACGAAAGGCAAACGGACUGAUUGCUUGACUGUGGAGCAACGUAAAGCUAGGGACGCUGAACUUAUGCGAGAUAAACAAAAGCGGAAGGAAGAGGAGGCGGCUGCCGCUGCUGCUGGCAAGAGCAAAUAGAUAACGUUAAUACAGAUACAGUUUCAGCCGGAACAGCGCGCUGUUUAGUCUUGUCGUCGUCGUAGGUCCGAAAAUCUUCAUUAGGCAUCAACAGAAACAAGAGAACAAAGCAAAGCAAGAGAAACAGUCACGAUUCAGAAGCUUUGAUCAGCGCCAGCAAUUAAUCCCCCAGGAUAGUUCAUUGGUUAAAUUGCGCAUCAAUCGUGAAUUAAUAAGCUACAAACCCAUCAAUUAGCAAUAACUACGUAUCCCAAGGCAGAAACACUCGGCAAAAGGCUCAAUUUCUUUAAUGUUACGCAUCAGUGCUGAACAAUUAUAAUUUUUCUCUAUAUACCUGACUAAAUUAUUUACUGUAAAAUAUAUAAAUUUUCAAAUAAAACAUAAUAUACAGCCAAAACAA